AUGGCCCCUACCAUAGGAGAGCAUCGAAAUGUCGACCCGUCAGGAUUCGAGCGCCGAAAUAGGAAUACAUUUGGAGAUUGGCGAGACUCCAAAAGUGCGGACACGUUUGCUAUCGAGGGAUGGGCAGAAGGCUUCAUAAUCGGUGCUUUGAUGCUCAUGUCCUUAAUAACCGUCGCGAAUAUGAGACGGGGCGUCGUACUCCGCAAGCUGAUCCUUCUUGAACUCGUACUUGCUAAGGGCCAGGGAACGGUCUGCUUUAUGUCUUUCAAAGGCUAUGGGUGGUACUUAUCUUCUACGGCCGCUCUCCUAUAUAGCUCUUACUUUACGCACAAUGUCCCCUCCUUCGAAGCUACCACUUGCAAAUGGGUCAAAUGUAUGUACCUAACCACACUUGCCAUGACAAUCCCGGCUUUAAUAUCUCAGAUCUUCAACAACUUCCGCUUUUUCAACGAUCAAUCGAGGUUGUACAAACGCGUACGACCAUAUGAACCGUUGAUGAGAGAUCCUUGGUGGAUUUUUAGUUGCUUGGUAUUGUUUCACAUAAUUCGAACAAGCUAUUUUUUUAAUGUCUUCAAGCUCGUGGCCAAAUCACCACGGUUUGGAAUUCUUCUUGCGGCAAUUUUCUUAGCAGCUGUGUUUACAAUCAUGGAUGUCCUUGCAAGUGUUAUACGAGAUUUGAGUAGUACAGACGGGUAG